UCUUUUUUCUUGAACAGCACGAGUUUCUCGAUAACUUUGCUAUAAAAAGUCACGAUCCGUUCGCGAUAGUUUCCAGAUCAAAGGUGGAAGCGAAGAUGAGUCGUCUUAGCUAUUUGGUGGUGGUUUCUGUGCUGAUUGUUGUAAGCUGGGCCGAUGACCACGACUUCCGUGUGCCCUUGAAUGGAACUCGGGGUGCGCCGAACUUUGCCACUAAACCGCAUCAUGAAGUUGGCAAACGCCAUAGGAGCUACGACCAGGGGAUGAAUCAGUGUCAUCCCUUUGAGCUGGGCCUGGGGUACUACUACCAGAUGGACAUCAUGCUGAAGCCGGAUGUGGUCGAUAGUGUGGUUCCAGUUGUCUAUACUAAGUAUCGCUGGCCCGGUGCGAGAGUUCCUUACGUGAUCAAGGGAGUUUUUUGUGAGUUUUUCUUAGCAACUACCCAAAGAACCAUCAUUUCUAAGGCGAUAGCUCAAUACACAGCAAGCACGUGUGUCCGGUUUGUGCCACGGACUACGGAGGCCACCUUCGUAACGAUCGACAGCAGCCCAACCGGAUGUUGGUCCUACAUCGGAAGAAGCUUGAACAAUUCGUACAAUCUAGUGAACCUUCAAGUGCCCAACUGCAUCACCACUGGAACCGUUGCUCACGAGCUGAUGCACGCUCUUGGGUUCUACCACGAGUUCACCAGGACGGACCGGGACAAUUACGUGACCAUCGAUACGGGAGCACUGGAUCCAAAAUAUCAGACAGUCUCAUUCUACAACGCCAACUACGCCAAACUGGCGGCCAACCUAACUCCAUUGUACGGUAUUCCGUACAACUACGGUAGCGUAAUGCACUACUCCAAGUGGGCAGGGGCAUACAACCAAAGUAGGCCAGUGAUGAACAAUAUUAAACCGUGGACUGGAGACUUUGGUAACAAGAUUGGCUUGGCAGCUACCGAUAUACAAGCCAUCAAUUUUAUGUACGCGUGCCCAUUGCAAUGAUAAUGAUUGACAAU